AUGCCUGCCCUUCAACUCCAGCCUUACAGCGGCUCGGCCCGCAAGCUCGUCCUCGGAAUAGAGGUAGGAACCACCUACUCCGGCGUUGCCUACACGAUCCUCGACCCAGGAGUGGUUCCCCUCAUCCACGGUGUCACUCGGUGCGCGUCCACACCUUGCUCUGCGGGCGACUCCAAGAUCCCCUCCAUCCUUUACUACAACCCCGACGGAUCCGUCGCGUGUGCCGGCGCCGAGGCCGCGCUACCAGGCAUGGACCUCGAAGCGGAGGACAAUGAGCUCGUGUUCGUCGAAUGGUUCAAGCUCCACCUGCGUCCCGAGCGCCUCGACGCAGGCGAGAUCAAGCGGCGAGACCUCCCCUCUCUUCCGCGCGGCAAGACCGUCGUGGACGUCUUCGCGGACUUCCUCGCUUACCUCUUCCGGUGCGCGAAGCGCUACAUCUGCGAGACGCACGCGAACGGGGACUCGCUCUGGUCGUCGCUCGAAGACAGAAUCGAGUUCGUGCUCUCCCACCCGAAUGGCUGGGAGGGCGCACAACGGGGCGAGAUGCGCCAGGCGGCGUUCAUGGCUGGGCUGGUACCCCAGACGUCUGCGGGCCAGGCCCGCGUGCACUUCAUUACCGAAGGCGAAGCGAGUUUGCAUUUCUGCAUCCAGAACGGGUUGGCGAACAAGACGAUGCAGGAUGGGCAGUGCGUGAUGCUCGUCGAUGCGGGUAGAAAAACGGUCGAUAUCAGCAGCUAUGAGUUGAUAUCUGUUUCGCCUCUCACGAUCCAGGCGACCUCGGCGGAUUGCAUCCGUCAAGGAUCCACCCACAUCAGCGCGCGUGUGGAGGCACAUCUCAAAGAAAUUCUACAGGACUCGGCUUUCGGCGACAACAAAUAUAUCAAGUCAAUGCUCGAUUACUUCAACAAGGCAAAGAAGGCUGUCUUCAAGGACGAGGAGAAACCGACAUACAUCAAGUUUGGUUCUAUGGGCUGCAACGACGCCAAGGUCAAUAUCAGACGGGGGCAGCUCAUGCUCACCAGGGAGAACAUGUUGUCUUACUUUCAACCGUCCCUGGAGGAGAUCGUCGCGAAAAUCAAGAAGCAGCUCCAAAAUGCGACUCGACCGCCCACUACGGUCUUCCUUAUCGGCAGUUUCGCCGCGAGCCCUUGGCUCUACGCCUCACUUAAGCGCCGCCUCGAAGACCUCGGUCUUACGCUCUUCCGCCCCAACUCGCACACAAACAAGGCCGUCGCGAACGGCGCGGUCUGCUUCUUCCUCGAACACUUCGUCUCCACGCGUGUGAUGAAGAUCACGUAUGGCGUCAAAAUCGUCGUCCACUACAACCCCGCGGACCCAGAGCACCUCCAGCGCGCCGCGAACACGUACACGAAGCAUUCCGGGCGCGUCGUCGUCCGCGACGCCUUCUCGCCCAUCCUCAAGAAGGGCACACGCCUACGCGAGACCAUGGAGGUCUCGCAGCCGUACCACCGGGAGGCGCUCGACUCGCGCACGCUCGACAACGCGGUCGCCGACAUCCUCACCUACCACGGACCCGGAGCGGACCCGCGUUGGACGGACCUCACCCCCGAGCUCUUCACGCCGCUGUGCACCGUCGCGGCGGACACGUCGCGGGUCGCGCGCGUUGCGCGCCAGGGCCCGCAAGGGGUGUAUUACGAGCAGCAGUUCAACGUCGUCCUGCUGUGCGGCCUGACGGAGCUGCAGGCGCAGAUUAGCUGGACGGAGGACGGUGUCGAGAGGCGAGGGCCGGCGAAGGUCGUCUAUGACGACUACUUGAACGUGUCGCGGCGAGAAUGCCGCGGGUAUGGAGCGCACAUGCAUAUUUAUGGUAGUAAGUAG